CCGUCACUUCUCGACAAGAUACAUGAAUCAAGAGAACGGCAAGUGGCUAAGUGACUGCAAGCGUCGUCUCCGUGUUCCGCUAGACGCAGAAAAGGAAGAAUUUGAACAGCUUUUCAAGCUGUUGAAUUUGAAUCCCGUUCGCAAGCCCAACAAGUGACAUAUCCGUUGCCACAGUGCUUGACGCACCUUUAUGUCUCGUUUUUACACACUCGCUAACCCAGCCAACUGUGCGAGGCGUUUCUCGCCUUGUUUUGCCUCUCCGCGGAUUAAGGUUUCAGAGACAGGAGCAGGAGCCUUACCCGAAGGGCAGAAGAGUCUCGUCUACUGCGCCAUGUUUGUCUUGAAUCAUGCGUUCUCUAUGCCCCUGGUUUCUUCCUUGGUAAAUCCGUUUGAGAGAUUUAACACACACCGGUGCUGAAGGAACUUCGUCCCCGGAUUUCGGGCAACAGAAGAGAAAAUGCGGUCAAAGCGAGCCUCCCUGUUUCCUGACGACCACAAAAGUGCAUAGGGAACAGAAAAAAGCCGUAAACGCGUACGUCUGCCCCACAGCCAUAAGGCGAGUCUACUGGACCCGUUCCUCCCUUCUUUGUCUUCAUCGAUGACUCUUGUUCCCUCUCCUUCCUCUUCUUCUUCCUCCUGUUCUUCCUCUUCGUCUUCCUCUUCUUCCUCUUCCUCUUCUUCCUCUUCCUCUUCUUCCUCUUCUUCCUCUUCUUCCUCUUCUUCCUCUUCUUCCUCUUCCUCUUCUUCUUCCUCUUCUUCCUCUUCUUCCUCUUCCUCUUCUUCUUCCUCUUCCUCUUCUUCUUCCUCUUCCUCUUCCUCUUCCUCUUCUUCGUCUUCAUCUGCCUCACAUCUGCCUGCAUCUCACCGUUCUUCAGCGCCAUUGAGGAAGGCGGCGUUUGCCACUCUGGAAGAGUACCUCAGAGUUGCGAGGAUCUACUUUUUCGCAGGCUUUUGUUUCCUUCCGAUUCUGUGGUUCCUCAACGUCCGCAUGUUCACAGAAAGCCGCUUAACUCUCUUGUCUCUCCGAGUACACUCUGCCAUUCAGGAAUCUCAGAGAGUAAACAGCGAUCCCGAGAAGGGAGACAGGCGAGAGAAAAACAGAAGAAGGAAGGAAGACUCAUCCCCGACGGAAGGCGCCGCAAGGCUCUCGACCUCUCCGGUGCUCUCUUCUUCUCUAGAUAGCGAACUUCGACUAGACUUGCAAGCCGUGCGAAGGAAAGACGAUGCAGAAGACCAGCAAGAAGAACGCGAAGCACGCAAGAGAGAAGCAGAACAAGAAGGAGAGGAAGAACAACAGAGAGGAGACGAAGAGGACGACGAACGAGAACGAGAACUAGAAGCGGAGAGGGAAAGAGAACAGGAUGGCGAAGAACAGGAGAGACAAGGAGGGGCGUAUCGGUUGACACGAAGAGAUGCUCUGAAAAAACUUCAAGACCUACGCUCUUAUGCUUCAAAGUCGAGACGCGCCCUCUGGGGCAGUGGUGCGCUUCUUUUGAUUUGGGCCGUCACGUUUCAAGUACUUUGCGCUUCAAACGCCGCAUGGAGCGAGUUCUUUCGUCUCCCUUGCCCUCCGCCUUUUCUCAGUUGUCUUUCACGUGCUUGUACACCCUCGUCUCUGCCUUAUUCCCCGUCUGUCGGCUGUGCUUCAAUUGCUUCUCCGUCGUCCUCUUCAUUCGGCGAUGUCCCACCUUCUCUCACACCAGUCUCUGUCUCGCCGUCAGGUUUCCCUGCACUGGUUGUUGACUCGAUUUCUCUUUCUUCUUCUGCCUCUUCUCCACAUUUCCCUUCCUCCUCUUCUUCCGCUUUUCCUCUCUCUGCGUCUGCCUCUUUGCGUCGCGCAGCCUCCCCAGGCGCCUCUCUGCAGCUGAGGGAUUAUCGAGAGGCCGCGCGAGCGCGUGCAGACGAGGGCUGAGAGGGCCAGAGUCUCCGAGAAUCUGGGAAGGUCACUUUGUCUCUUCUCUGCAGACUGAUGCAAGGCUGUAUGCAAAACGUGGAUUUUUGCGGUGUGGACUAACAUGCAGCAGACCCAGGGAACAACACAAUGUGCUGAUGGCUCUCUGCUCCGACGGUUGGCGGAGUGUCGCGUUCGACUGUGCAGAAGGAGGGGAAAAGGCCUUUGAAGCGAACGCGGUCUGCGUUUACGCAUUUGCCUCGUUGGCAGAACCGGUUCAUGGACGUUGACACCCGACGUCGCCUGAAGUCGCAUGUUGUUUCAGCUGACAUGUUCACUUGCGAGGCGUAUGUAUAGAAAGGUGGAGAAUCGUAGACAGAUAGAUAGCUGUCGAGAGAUGCAAAAAGAAAUAGAGAGGCGUGGACAGGUGUAGAAAAAACAGAGGCAUAGAGAGAUUUGGAUAGAAAAAGAUAAAUAGAAAUAUAUAGGUCUUAGAGGUGAACGGCGGAGUAUAUGACGAAUGUUUGAUGCGCAUCGGCAAGAACCGACGUUUGCUCCGUCGCUGCUUCCUUCCAUCUCC